AUGGGUUGGAGCGCUGACGACAGCUGGGGAGGAGGUGCCGAUACCUCUGGGGGCCGCGAUUGGAAUAGUGGUGGUGAUACUGGUGGUGCUGGUGGCGACUGGGGUACUGGUGAUGCCUCUGGCUUUAACAAUGACGAGAACCAGAGCCCCGGAGACUUUGGCGGUGACCAAGAUCGUGACACCAAGUGCCGCAACUGUGGUGGAGAUGGCCACUUCGCACGCGAGUGCACUGAGCCUCGCAAGGGCAUGGCCUGUUAUAACUGCGGCGAGGAAGGUCACUCCAAGGUCGAGUGCACCAAGCCUCGUGUUUUCACCGGUACUUGCCGCAUCUGCAAUCAGCAAGGCCACCCCGCCGCUGAAUGUCCCGAGCGUCCUCCCGAUAUUUGCAAGAACUGCCAGCAGGAAGGCCACAAGACCUUGGAAUGCAAGGAGAACCGCAAGUUUGACCUGAACAGCAUUGCUGAUCAGCUCCCCGAGGUGGCAUGGGCGGGACUCAAGAAGGCGAGUGAUGAGAGAGACCUGGAAGACUUCCGUGAGAACUUCAAGGUUUACUGCAAGGCUGCCCCGAACGCUACCUUUGUCGACAUCGAGAAGAAGAUGCGCGAACAGUCGUUCAACAUUUACCUCAUCGCCCUAGAGAAAGAGCAGACCGAUUGCAUCAGCCUCAUUGACCUUCAGGGAAGGCUCAACUGCACCUACGUUGUCGGCUUCUUCUACAGCGCCAAGCCCCAGCGUGCUAACCUCCGCGAGCGCUGGCCAUCGUCCGUUGAGGACAACCUUGAGCGCCUCGGGGAUGCUGGCUUGCCUUAUGAUCGUCAAAUCCCCAAGUGCGCCAAUUGCGGUGAAAUGGGCCACACUUCCCGUGGCUGCAAGGAAGAACGCGCGAUCAUUGAACGUGUUGAGGUCAAGUGUGUGAACUGCAAUGAGCCCGGUCAUCGUGCCCGUGACUGCACCCAGCCACGUCACGACAAAUACGGCUGCCGGAACUGCGGAUCUUCCGACCACAAAGCCGCCGAGUGCGACAAACCCCGUUCUGCCGAAGGAGUCGAGUGCAAGAGAUGCGGAGAAAUGGGCCACUUUGCGAAAGAUUGCCCGCAGGCACCAGCUCCUAGAACUUGCCGCAACUGUGGAUCCGAGGACCAUAUUGCCAGAGAUUGCGAUCAGCCUCGCGAUGUUUCGACUGUGACCUGCCGUAACUGCGACGAGGUCGGACACUACAGCCGUGACUGUACUAAGAAAAAGGACUGGUCCAAGGUCAAAUGCAACAAUUGUGGCGAGAUGGGCCACACCAUCAGACGCUGCCCUCAGGCGGACUCCGGCGGAGACAACUUCAACUCGGACUUCAACCAGGACGCCGGCGACUGGGGAAACAGCAACCCCACCACCCAGGACGCUGCCCCUGUUGAUGAUGGCGGUGGUUGGGGUUCUGGUGGUGGCGGUGCCGGUUGGUAA